AUGCCCGAGCCAGUCAAGUCCGCCCCAGCGCCCAAGAAGGGCUCCAAGAAAGCCGUCACCAAGGUUCAGAAGAAGGACGGCAAGAAGCGGAGGAAGAGCAGGAAGGAGAGCUAUGCCAUCUACGUCUACAAGGUGCUGAAGCAGGUCCACCCCGACACCGGCAUCUCCUCCAAGGCCAUGGGCAUCAUGAACUCCUUCGUCAACGACAUCUUCGAGCGCAUCGCAGGGGAAGCCUCCCGCCUGGCUCACUACAACAAGCGCUCCACCAUCACCUCCCGGGAGAUCCAGACCGCCGUGCGCCUGCUGCUGCCCGGAGAGCUGGCCAAGCACGCCGUCUCCGAGGGCACCAAGGCCGUCACCAAGUACACCAGCGCCAAGUGAGC